AUGGUGCUGCUCUUUGCUGUUACUCUCAUAUGUGUAUGGUUAGUUUACGAGUUAUACUGGAAAAGAAGGAACUUACCUCCAGGCCCUACGCCAUUGCCAUUCUUAGGAAAUUUACCAAUUCUUCAAAAAUAUCAACCUGGCCAUGAAGCAUUUGAAGUUUUGAGAAAAGAGUAUGGCCCUAUAUUCACUUUUUGGUUUGGUAACCAGCCCAUGGUUAUGGUGUGUGACUAUAAUCUCAUGAAAGACUUAUUUGUUAAAGAUUCGGAACAUUUCUCGGAAAGAGCUUGUCUAGGAAGUCUAGGUGUGAUUAUGAGAGGUGGCUCUUAUGGUAUAAUUGAUACUAACGGAGACAAGUGGAGAAUCCAUCGCCGGUUUGCGCUUCAUGUUCUCAGAGAUUUGGGUGUUGGUGGUAAUAUUGCCGAGCAACAUAUUUUGUUUGAGACCGAAGUUUUAUUGAAAAGUAUAGGAGCUUCGCGUGGUGAGCUCAUGGAUAUCAAAAAACAUUUACGGAAAGCUAUCGCUUCAACAAUCAAUCUAUUUCUUUUCGGAUAUCGUUUCUCUGAAGACAAAACCGAUGAACUCGAAAAAAUUAUGUCAACACUGGAUGAUCUAAAAAAAGCACAGUCUGGCUUUUUCGCUUUACUUGUUAGCAUUUUCCCUGUUCUCAUGAACCUCCCAUGGUUCAAAAAUCUCUCUGACAAAUUACUGAAAACAUUCGACUUUUUCUCCAAUUUUACCCUAGGCCAAAUCGAUCAAUACAGAAAAGAGAUUGACUAUGAAUCCGACGAAGUCAGGAGUUAUGUGGAAGCAUACUUAAAGGAACAGAGAAAGCGGGAACUAGAGGAGGAUUUUGAGUCAUUCAGUAAUCGUCAAUUAGUCAACGUUUGUUUCGAUUUAUGGUUUGCUGGAUUUGAUACAACUUUUACUACGAUACAAUGGGCUCUUAUCUAUUUAGCAAACAAUCCAGAUGUUCAAGAGAAAAUGAGGGAGGAGCUAGCUACUGUUAUUGGGAAGGAUCAGAUGGUUACAAUGGCAGAGAAAACCAAGUUGCCAUACUGCCAAGCUGUUCUUAACUCUGAAGAACUGAUUCCUUUCUCACUUGGUAAACGACAAUGUCUUGGUGAAGGCCUUGCACGAAUGGAACUCUAUAUCUUCCUAAUCAAUAUGGUUCAUAAAUAUAAGAUAAGUGGAAAAGAUCUACCUCUAAUUGCAGAUUCUAUAUUCAUGAUGACAAACGUUCCAGUGGAAAAAUUGACUUUUACGAAAGUAUAA